AUGUCGGAACCACCUCCUCCUCAUUCCGCCCCAGUGCCUAUGGUGAAGACGGAUUUCUUCGCUUUCUCUGGUCCUUAUCUCCCGGAGGACGCUCACGGUACGAGUUCUCCGCCGGAGAAACAACAGCAAACCCGGAAGCGCGGUCGCCCGACCGCUCUUGAAUUGCUCACUACCCGUGUUGAAGAAUUGGAAAAGGAAAAUUCGAGCUUGAGAACCUUCCGUACCGCCGCUGAAAGCAGAUGUCGUGCCCUGGAGAGCAAACAAUCGGAACUCUUCCAAACCGUCGAGCAGCUCAAGGUAGUUGUUGCCAAGCUCACGAACGAAUGCUCUGCCCGUGUUACCUCCAAUUUGCCCGCUCCACGCCUGUUCGCCGAUGUUCUCAAGGGACAAUCAGCCGAGAAGAAAGCAGAGAUCAUUGCAGAAAGACGUGAAGCAGCAGCCAGCAUUUCCCUGUUUGAGAAGAAGACUCAUUUCGCCGUGAUUGAAAAUCUACCGGAUGAUGGCUCGGAUUCACAAUCCGCCAAGGAUAAGGUUUUUCUCGAUAAUUUAAUUGCCGCUAAUCCCUCCCUCCCUGUACAUAUUCAAACUUUCCGCGUCAAAACUCGCAAACCAGUCUUAUCCCGCCCAACAAAAAUUCGUUUCUCUUCUGAAGCCGACCGCAAUUCGUUCAUUUUCUCUUUCUCCAAAACUCUCCGUUCGUUGCCUGAUCGCCCCACUAACCUUCCAAGACCCAUCCGCUGCAGACGCGAUAUGACCAACGAUGUUAUCUAUCCUGAGAGAGUUGAGAGCUGA